AUGCCUUCCGUUGUUCAGAGUGAGCCACGGGCUCCGAUAGCCGUUGUAGGCUUGUCAUGCCGCUUUCCUGGCGAUGCCACGGACCCUUCGAAGUUCUGGGAUAUGCUCAAAAAUGGACGAGAUGGCUACACACCCCAGACGAACAGAUACAACGAAGAUGCCUUCCACCACCCAGGGGGCAACAAUAAGCGGCAGAAUGUUCUACCCGUCAAAGGCGGCUACAUGCUCAAGCAGGACCCGUACGUUUGGGAUGCUGCUUUCUUCAACAUCACAGCCGCCGAGGCCAUCGCUUUUGACCCCAAGCAACGCAUUGCAAUGGAGGUCACGUACGAGGCACUCGAGAAUGCUGGUAUGUCUUUGCAAAAGGUGGCUGGCACGCAGACCGCCUGCUACAUGGGCACUUCGAUGAGUGAUUACCGAGACUCGAUCGUCCGAGAUUUUGGAAACUACCCCAAAUACCACCUGCUCGGUACCAGUGAUGAGAUGAUUUCGAACCGUAUCUCACAUUUCCUCGACAUCCACGGCCCUAGUGCCACGAUCGAGACGGCCUGCUCAUCCAGCCAUGUGGCUACCCAUCUUGCCUGCCAAAGUUUGCAGUCCGGCGAGUCGGAGAUGGCCAUAGCUGGUGGGGUGGGCAUGACUCUGGUCCCCGAAAGCACGAUGCAGCUCAAUAACCUGGGCUUCCUUAGUCCUCUGGGCCAGUCACGAGCCUUUGACUCCAAGGCAGGCGGUUAUGCCCGUGGCGAAGGCUGCGGCGUCAUUGUCAUGAAGCGAUUAGACAAAGCCAUUGCGGACGGCGACACGAUCCGCGCCAUCAUCCGCGGCUCCGGCGUCAACCAAGAUGGUUGGACUCAGGGUGUCACGAUGCCUUCAGGGGAAGCCCAGGCCGCCCUCAUCAAGUAUGUCUACGAGUCCAACAAGCUCAGCUAUGGUGAUACCCAGUAUGUAGAGGCCCACGGUCCGGGCACACAGGCUGGUGACCCCACCGAGACUGGGGCCAUCUACCGCACCAUCGGACUGGAGGGGCUCAAGACCAAUCCGUCACGCAAGAAGUUGUGGGUAGGAAGCGUGAAGCCAAACAUUGGCCAUCUUGAGUCGGCCGCUGGUGUUGCCGGUCUUAUAAAAGGCAUUCUUGCCAUGGAACAUGGCUUCAUCCCCCCAAACAUCCACUUCGACGAACCGAACCCGGCUAUCAAGCUCGACGAAUGGGGACUGGCCGUGCCCACCAAACUCACUCCCUGGCCUGCCUGCCUAACACGGCGCAUGUCCUGCAGUUCCUUCGGCAUGGGUGGCACGAACGCCCACAUCGUCCUUGAACAUCCUAACAAGCAGCUCGGUAAUGGCUACGCCCUCAAUGGCGUCACAUCUCCCAAGCAUGCCACGAGGCUCUUUACCUUCAGCAGGCACGACCAAGCCGGCUUCAAACGCAUUAGGAGCGCUUUAGUCGAGCACUUGGAUCGCCUCGGUCCUGCUGCCUCGACACCAGAAUAUUUGGCCGAUCUGUCACAUACACUAGCCGUUGCACGCUCUGGUCUGUCGUGGAAAGCCUCGUGUUUUGCUGACAGCGCGGCAGAGCUCAAGAGACAGUUGAGCACAAGGUUAGGAGACAACGCCACUCGCGUGCCCGGCAGCCGGGAACCACGCAUCGGCUUUGUCUUCACGGGCCAGGGCGCCCAGUGGGCCCGUAUGGGUGUCGAGCUCAUGGAGCGCGAGGUCUUUGCAGACUCGGUGGCCCGGUCCGCCAAGCUGCUGCGCGACUUCGGUGCCGAGUGGGAUCCGCUAACGGAACUGUCAAAAGUCAAGAAGGCAUCUCGCAUCGGCCUCCCUGAGAUCAGCCAGCCAAUUUGCUCUGUACUGCAAAUUGCUCUGGUUGAUCUUUUCCGAAGCUGGGGUGUCAAGCCCUCCAGAGUAGUAGGCCAUUCGAGUGGCGAGAUCGGAGCUGCCUACUGCAUCGGCGCACUAACCCAUCGCGAUGCCAUGGCCGCAGCCUACUUCCGUGGCAAGGCGUCCGCCGGGCUUCGGGGGCGCAAAGGGGGCAUGAUGGCAGUUGGGUCAUCGCCAGAAGGCGUAAAAGAACACAUAUCCGAUUCCGGAGUCAACGUCGCCGUCGCCUGCGUCAACUCUCCUUCGAGCGUCACCCUCUCUGGUGAUGUUGACGCCCUUCAGACUAUGCACUCCUUGCUCGAGAACCGUGGCAUCUUUGCUCGACGCCUGAAGGUUGACGUUGCCUAUCAUUCCACACAUAUGCAGGACUGCUCUAAUGAGUACCUUACGACCAUUCAGGAGCUCGAAGCGCUGCAGCCAGAUGAAGAGGAAUCUGCCGUUAUGAUAUCCAGUGUCACUGGUAGUGAGGUUGAUCCAGAAAUGCUCGGCCCCUUCUACUGGGUGCGAAACCUUAUCUCGCCAGUGCAGUUUUCUGACGCUCUCAAAGAACUUGUAGCUCCCGUUGGCGAGGGAGACGAGAUGGACACGGCUGUUGACAUCCUCGUAGAAGUCGGCCCUCAUAGCGCACUCGCCGGACCUGUCAAGCAGAUUCUCACACAUCAUGGCAUCAAGAAUGUCACCUAUGCUCCUGUGCUCACGCGAGACCAAAACGCGGUUGAGACAAGCAUGAACCUCGCAGCAGAGCUUUUCCGCCUCGGCGUAUCAAUGAACGUGCCCGAAGUCAAUGGCGACUCCCACACCCGCCUGCUGACGGAUCUGCCUCCAUACCAGUGGAACCACUCCGAGGUGUUCCGCGCCGACUCCCGUUACCAGCGCCAGAUUGUCUCUCAAAAGCUUCCUGCCAAGAGCAUUUUGGGCGCUGAGCAGCCAAGCAUGAGCGAGACGGAGCGCGUCUGGCGAGGCUUCAUCCGUCUAGAGGAGGAACCCUGGCUGCGUGAGCACACUGUCGGAACCACGGUUCUGUUUCCAGGUGCUGGUGUUGUUAGCGUCGUCCUUGAGGCUGCGCAGCAGAUGGCCGAGGAUGGGAAGAAGCUGCGCUCCUUUACGCUGCGUGACAUUUCCUUCACCGCAAUGAUGCCUCUCACUGAAGGUGUAGCCACUGAGAUCAUCGUCCACAUCCAGCCUCACCUCAUCGGGACAACAGGCUCUACUCCGUCCUCCUGGUUUGAAUUCACCGUCUCUUCAGCCACUGGCCCAACCGGUACUAUCCGCUGCAAUGCCCGAGGUUUACUGUCCAUCAACUACGAGGAUUCCCGUAGCCCGCAGAUGAUUCAUGAAGACGCCAUCAUUGAAAAGGCUCGCAUUGAAGGCUACCGCCAUAUCCUUGGCGAAUGCCCUGACACCUGUUCCAAGAAGAAGUUCUACGAGACCCUGACCAAGUCAGCUCUCGAAUAUGGAGACGUGUUUCGUGGCGUCGAGACGUCCCGACCUGGGAAUGGCAAGACGGCCUUUAACAUAAGGAUGACCGACAUUGGCGAGACCUUCACCAAGGGUCGGUUAGCGCGUCCCUUCCUCAUUCACGGUGCGGCUCUAGAUGCCGUUCUUCAAGCCUGGAUGGGCAGCACCAGCGGCAGCAACGGUCCCGGGUCCUUCGGCUUCAACAAGCCCAUGUUGCCCAAGAGCAUCGGAGAGCUGGAAAUUUCCGUCAAAAUUCCCGCGGAUGUUGGCUACAUGAUGCCCGGGUGCUGUCGCUCCACCAGCCACGGCUUCAAUGAGUGGUCUGCCAGCAUUACCACAUUUGACACAGAGCUGUCACGCGUGUUCCUGUCAAUUACCGACUUUCGCCUUGCGGAGCUUGAUGUUGAAGUUGCCGCCAAUCCAGCGCUCGAGGGAGAAGACCCCCACGUCGACCCGGCGGCGAUUGCAUCCAACAUUAAAUGGAACUACGCCCUUGACUUGAUGAAACCGAGCGAUGUUGCGAGAGUGAUCUCUGAGACGUCUGCCACUGACCCAUACAAUAGACUCAUUGAGCUCGUUCUGAUAUACAUCCACAGCCGCCCCGGAGCUGAUAUUAUUGAGCUGGCUGCCGAUUCGAGGCAACUGCACAACGCGGUUAUGCCCAAGCUGCCCAAUGGCACAAUUAACCGGGCUCAGAUCCGCUACGCCUUGGCAAACACCGUCGAUACGCAGGAGGCUGAUUAUGUUGACAACGACAUGCUGGCACAGUCGUUCCCUCUCGAGCCAUUAGACAUGAUUCCGGCUGCACAUACUGCUCCUGCGGAUUUGAUUGUCAUCCCGCACCACGCUGUUGAGGGGCUCAAGGCAGACACUGAUAGCAUUGUGGAGCGUCUUAUUAGCCUCUACAAGCCUGAUUCAACCCUUCUCUUCGUUGGUCUGCAUGCCCCGAGCAUUGUCGGAGCCGAGCUUACGCUGGAAGCCAAGGGCUUUGAGCUGUUGACUUCCAUCCCUGUUGGGGUUGGAUCACUCACUCUUCAUCAAUAUGUCAACAAGAAGAGCUCCCAACCAGAAAGGCUCGUCAACGGCGCCACAGAGAAGAAGGCGGUAAUCCUGACUCGGUCCAAGCCAUCCCCUGCAACCCAUGGUUUUGCCCUCAAGAUGGAGGAGCUUCUCAAUGAUGUUGGUUUCUCUACCUCAAUAGAGACCGGUAUUAUCGGCGCUGGGAUCGAUGCCUCUGCGACGUAUGUGUCUCUAUUGGAGCUUGAGGAGCCGCUGCUGGAGGAGCUAUCUGAGGCUGAGUUCCACGAUGUUCGAACAUUGAUGCUCAAUUCGGAUCGCCUGCUCUGGGUCACUCAGGGCGCGAAUCCGGCCUUUGGGCUUAUUGAUGGUUUGGCGCGAGUAAUUCGCAGUGAAUAUAUCAACGCCAAAAUCCAGGUCUUGCAUCUCAUGAGCCCCGGAAUUGAUAUUGGUUCCGCCUCGGCGUCCCGCAUACUACUCUCCCCGACCAACGACAACGAGUUCAUGGAGAUUGACGGUCUUCUAAAGGUAUCUCGAAUUUACAGGAGCCCUGGCGAGGAUGAGCACAUCCGUGAGCACCUGAUCAACUCCACUCGAGUAGUGAGUCUUCCCAAAGAUCAGCACGCUCCUGCUUUGAAGCUGGCUGUCGGCAAACCCGGGCUACUCAAUACCCUACAUUUCGUAGCAGAAAACGCUACGGAACCGACGCCUCUUGCCGAUGAUGAAGUUGAGCUGCAGGUUAUGGCCUCCGGCAUUAACUUCAGAGACAUCAUGGGCUCCAUGGGUCUUCUCCCAGUGUCCGGGCUUGGUCAAGAAGCAAGUGGUGUUGUCAUUCGCGCAGGCAAGUUAGGCGCAGCGAAUCUCAAUCCUGGGGACCGAGUGAGCACUCUGACAGUCGGUGGAACUCAUGCCACCAAGAUACGAUGCCACUACCGCGUUGCGCACAAGAUCCCCGAAAACCAUUCGUUCGAAGAGGCCGCUGGUAUCCCUGUCACCCACUGCACGGCCUACUACGCACUCGUCAAGCUCGCUAGGCUUCAACGUGGUCAGUCUAUUCUCAUCCACGCCGCUGCUGGUGGAACGGGGCAGGCUGCAAUUCAGCUCGCAAAACACCUGGGCCUUGUCAUCUACGCUACUGUUGGCACCGACGAGAAGCGCAACCUCCUCAUGGCUAGGUAUGGCAUUCCGGAGGAGCACAUCUACAACUCUCGCGAUGCCAGCUUCGUCAAGGGCAUUGAACGCAUCACGAACGGCCGCGGUGUUGAUUGCGUUCUCAACUCCUUGUCCGGUGAGCUCCUCAGACAGUCGUUUGGAUGCUUGGCAACAUUCGGUACCUUUGUGGAGAUUGGCCUUCGUGAUAUCACCGACAACAUGCGUCUUGAUAUGCGUCCUUUCCAUAAGAGUACGACUUUCAGCUUCAUCAACAUGAUCACGUUUCUCCAAGAAAACCCUGACGCUAUAGGAGUGAUUUUGCAGGAUGUCUUCAAUCUUGUCUCCAAGGGCAUAUUGAAACCGGCGUACCCUGUAACCGUCUACCCCGUCGGUGAGAUCGAGGAUGCUUUCCGCGUCAUGCAGCAAGGAAAACAUCUGGGUAAGAUGGUUCUGUCUUACACGCAGGGUGGUGGGAAAGCGCCUGUUCUGUGCAAGGCCAAGGACUCGCUCAAACUCGACCCUGCCGCCUCAUACCUCAUCAUCGGUGGUCUCGGUGGCCUGGGUCGUAGCUUGGCGACCGAGUUCAUCGCCAGCGGAGCUCGUAACAUUGCCUUCGUGUCGCGCUCCGGUGACUCCAAGCCCGAGGCCAAGACCACUGUGGACCAGCUCAUCGCCUGUGGUGCCAACGUCAAGGUGUACCGCGCCGACGUGUCCGAUAGGCCUUCAUUCACUGCCGCGAUGAGACAGCACUCGGAGGAUAUGCCGCCUAUCAAAGGUGUCAUCCAGAUGGCCAUGGUGCUCCGAGACGUCGUCUUCGAGAAGAUGAAAUACGAGGAGUGGAUCACUGGCCUGCGACCCAAGGUCCGGGGCACAUGGAACAUACACCGGUACUUUGAUCACAAUCACCCUCUUGACUUCAUGAUUUUCUGCUCAUCAAUCGCUGGCGUCUUCGGCAACCCAAGCCAGGCCCAGUACGCUGCUGGUAAUACUUUUCAGGACACGCUUGCCAGUUGGAGACGACACCAGGGACUCAAGGCUGUGUCUGUCAAUCUGGGAAUCAUGCGCGACGUCGGUAUAAUUGCCGAGGGUACUUCGAAUUUCAUGGCUCCCUGGGAGAAGAUCCUCGGCAUCCGGGAGCCUGUAUUCCACGCCCUGAUGAAGAGCGCCAUCAAUGGUCAGCAGGAGGGCGCGCGCUCGGAGGCAUGCCCAGCCCAGGUUGUUGUGGGUCUCGGCACCGGCGAUAUUCUCGCUAGCAACCAACUCAAGAAUCCUGCGUACUUUGACGACCCCCGCUUCGGGCCUUUGGCUUUCACUAGCACUCUGUCCAGCCGAGAGCUAGGCACCGGUGACGGCUCUCCCGUCUCGCUGUCGUCCAAGCUGACGGCAGCCAGUGCCCAAAAUGAUUCCGCCGGGGCCUCAAGCAUCGUCAAAGACGCUCUGAUCAAGAAAGUAGCCGAGAUUCUACGCAUUCCUCCUUCAGAAGUCGAUGCCUCUCGACCGAUGUAUCGCUAUGGCGUGGACUCACUCGUAGCUCUCGAGGUACGGAACUGGAUUUCCAAGGAAAUGAAAGCCAACAUGCCGCUCCUGGAAAUUUUGGCGGCUACGCCCAUGGAGACAUUUGCGGUGCAAAUUGCUAAGAAGAGCAAGCUUCUUGAGGGAAUAUCUUUCUGUUAA